CCAGGGGCUGCGCUCUCGCGCGCAUGGCGAGUGGGGCUUUCCCUGGCUGCUCUCAGAGGCCAGAGGGACUAAGAUGGUGUCCGCUGGGCGCCCCGGGGGCGGCCUCCAGAAGGAUUUGCGGGCCCGGCAGCCGGAGGUAGGAAGUGGGGAGCCCAGAAGUCCCGCGCCCCCACGGCCGAAGCACAGCCGAGUACGCUGCCCGACGGAACCGGUGUUUGCCGGCAGAACGCCCGAAGCCCGGAGAGGCGGGGCGGGAUUCUGAUCACCAUCUCGCGACGUCUCAGUGACGUCGCACGGCACUCGCGUGUUCCACUCUUUCACCUUCAGUCCCCUCCCUCAGUACGUGGGCCUACCCCUUUAAGCGAGUGAUUGACAGUUAUUUCAGCCAUUCAACGUCCCCAGAACCAUCCAAUCAGAUUUAAACUUCUCUCAGCCGCCAAAGGAGUUGGAAAAAGGGGUCGAAAGAGGGAGAGCUCUUUCGCGCGAGAUCGCUGUGAGGCGGCCUCUGAGAGGAAAAAAACGCCAGAAAAGAUGGCCCGACCUUCCAAGUAGUGGAUUAAAGGACGGGGUCGAAAACCAAUAAAAGGGAUGAGGAGGUGGGAUCAUUGCUUUCCGGAGCCAGAAGUACCGUUACAGGGCACACUUCUUGUCCAAUCAACGCCUCCAGACUUUGGCUCAGGUGACUACAGAGUGCGAGGGGCGGAGCUACAGCCUGGCGUGAGGAACCGUUAAGAUGGACAAUGAAUGUAGCCAAUGAGGUACUCCGACUGAGGCGUUGGGAACCCAAUAACAGUGGCCGGGCGGGCGCCUUCCCGGAGCGCGGGGAGAUGUAAAGACAGACAAGUAGUUUUCCCAAUGAGGCUGUAGAAGAGGGGAGCUACUUGGCCAAUGGAGGCGGCGGGGCGGGAUCCUUUGCAGCGGCGGAGCCCAAGAUGGCGGCAUGCGGUUCCGCUGUGUGAAACGAGCGCGGGGCGGCGGGUUUAUCAGCUCCGCGGAGACGACCUCCGACGACCCGCAGCAAUGAAGGGGAAAGAGCGCUCUCCAGUCAAAUCCAAGCGCUCCCGUGGUGGUGAGGAUUCGACUUCUCGUGGGGAGCGGAGCAAGAAGUUAGGGGGCUCUGGCGGCAGCAAUGGGAGCAGCAGCGGUAAGACCGACGGCGGCGGGUCGCGGCGCAGCCUCCAUCUCGACAAGUCCAGCAGCCGAGGCGGCAGCCGCGAGUAUGACACCGGAGGGGGCAGCUCCAGUAGCCGCUUGCACAGUUACAGCUCCCCGAGCGCUAAAAAUUCCUCGGGCGGGGGCGAGUCGCGCAGCAGCUCCCGAGGUGGAGGCGGGGAGUCACGUUCCUCGGGGGCCGCCUCCUCCGCUGCUGACGGCGGGGAGUACAAGACCCUGAAGAUCAGCGAGCUGGGGUCCCAGCUGAGUGACGAAGCGGUGGAGGACGGGCUGUUCCACGAGUUCAAACGCUUCGGUGAUGUGAGUGUCAAAAUCAGCCAUCUCUCGGGUUCUGGCGGCGGGGACGAGCGCGUCGCCUUUGUGAACUUCCGGCGGUCAGAGGACGCGCGGGCGGCCAAGCAUGCCAGAGGCCGCCUGGUGCUCUAUGACCGGCCCCUGAAGAUAGAAGCCGUGUACGUGAGCCGGCGCCGCAGCCGCUCCCCCCUGGACAAGGAUUCUUACCCGCCGUCGUCCAGCGUGGUCGGGGCCUCGAUCGGCGGUCACCGGCACGCCCCGGGCGGAGGGGGUGGAGGCCAGAGAUCCCUGUCCCCCGGCGGGGCGGCCUUGGGAUACAGAGACUACCGAUUGCAGCAGCUGGCCCUUGGCCGCCUGCCCCCUCCGCCGCCGCCACCCUUGCCCCGGGACCUGGAGAGGGAGCGGGACUACCCGUUCUAUGAGAGAGUGCGCCCGGCAUACAACCUCGAGCCCCGGGUGGGAGCUGGAGCAGGUGCUGCUCCUUUCAGAGAAGUGGAUGAGAUCUCACCGGAGGAUGAUCAGCGAGCUAACAGGACGCUUUUCCUGGGCAACCUGGACAUCACGGUGACCGAGAGCGAUCUAAGGAGGGCUUUUGAUCGCUUUGGAGUCAUCACAGAAGUAGACAUCAAGAGGCCUUCUCGGGGCCAGACCAGUACCUAUGGCUUUCUCAAAUUUGAGAACCUAGACAUGUCUCACCGAGCCAAAGUAGCAAUGUCUGGCAAGAUUAUAAUUCGGAAUCCUAUCAAAAUUGGUUAUGGUAAAGCUACACCCACCACCCGCCUCUGGGUAGGUGGCCUGGGACCUUGGGUGCCUCUUGCUGCCCUGGCACGAGAAUUUGACCGGUUUGGCACCAUACGCACCAUAGACUAUCGCAAAGGUGAUAGUUGGGCCUAUAUCCAGUAUGAAAGCCUAGAUGCCGCUCAUGCUGCCUGGACCCAUAUGCGGGGCUUUCCACUUGGUGGUCCAGAUCGCCGCCUUAGAGUAGACUUUGCAGACACAGAACAUCGGUACCACCAGCAGUAUCUGCAGCCUCUGCCCUUAACUCAUUAUGACUUGGUGACAGAUGCUUUUGGACAUCGGGCACCUGACCCUUUGAGGGGUGCGAGGGAUAGGACACCACCCUUACUAUACAGAGAUUGUGAUCGGGACCUUUAUACUGACUCUGAUUGGGUGCCACCCCCGCCCCCAGUCCGGGAACGCAGCACUCGGACUGCCCCUACUUCUGUGCCUGCUUAUGAGCCACUGGAUAGCCUGGAUCGCAGGCGGGAUGGCUGGUCCUUGGACCGGGACAGAGGUGAUCGAGAUCUGCCCAGCAGCAGAGACCAGCCCAGGAAGCGAAGGCUGCCUGAGGACAGUGGGGGACGGCAUCUGGAUAGGUCCCCUGAGAGCGACCGUCCUCGGAAACGUCACUGCGUUCCUUCUCCUGAUCGCAGUCCAGACUUGAGCAGUAGCAGGGAUCGCUACAACAGUGACAAUGAUCGAUCUUCUCGUCUUCUUCUCUUGGAAAGGCCCUCUCCAAUCAAAGACAGACGAGGUAGUUUGGAGAAAAGCCAGGGUGACAAGCGAGACCGCAAAAACUCUGCAUCAGUUGAACGUGAUAGGAAGCAUCGGACAGCUGCUCCCACUGAGGGAAAAAGCCCUCUGAAAAAAGAAGACCGGUCUGAUGGGAGUGCAGCCAGCACCAGCACUGUUUCUUCAAAGCUGAAGACCCCUUCCCAGAAACAGGAUGGUGGGACAGCCUCUGCUGCAGCUGCCUCUCCCAAGCUCUGUUUGGCCUGGCAGGGCAUGCUUCUAUUGAAGAACAGCAACUUUCCUUCCAACAUGCAUCUGUUGCAGGGCGACCUCCAAGUGGCUAGUAGUCUUCUGGUGGAGGGCUCCAGUGGAGGCAAAGUUGCCCAGCUCAAGAUCACUCAGCGUCUUCGUUUGGACCAGCCCAAGUUGGAUGAAGUAACUCGACGCAUCAAAGUGGCAGGGCCCAAUGGUUAUGCCAUUCUUCUGGCUGUGCCUGGAAGUUCUGACGGCAGAUCCUCUUCCUCCGCCACAUCAGAUACUGCCACUUCUACUCAGAGGCCACUAAGGAACCUGGUGUCCUAUUUAAAGCAAAAGCAGGCUGCUGGGGUGAUCAGCCUCCCCGUGGGGGGUAACAAAGACAAGGAAAACACCGGGGUCCUUCAUGCCUUCCCUCCCUGUGAGUUCUCCCAGCAGUUCCUGGAUUCUCCUGCCAAGGCACUGGCCAAAUCUGAAGAAGAUUACCUGGUCAUGAUCAUUGUCCGUGCUGAGGCGUUACUUGCUGCUGCUCAGAUCUUGUAUGUCUUGAGCAAGAAGCAGGGAGACCAUCACUUUGACUUAUCGCGGUGUGUCAAUUCUGAAGGAUCACUAGUGUUACUGUGACCCCCUUUGUUUGCAGCGAAGGGGAUCAUUUGCUUCUCGGUCCUCAACUUGAUGAGGAAAUGGUGCUGUUGGCUGGCACGAAAGAAGCCGGGGCAAGCACCGUAAGCCUCACCACAGUGCACGAGUCGGGGGCUUUGCUGGUUUGAAGAGCCGGAGUUGCUGAAAUUUAAGUUUUGAUUUAUUUUGUUCACCUGUCACGUUUGGCCUUAGUUUCAUUUUUAAUUUGAAGAAAAGUUUGCAAUUGCUUUAUCUUGCACUUAACAUUUGCACCAAAUUGCCAAAAGAAGGAGAAUGCUCCGUUUGCUUUUUAAAUGUUAAUGAUGAUGUUAAUAAAGCCUUUCCUGACACAUUUGAGGAGCUCCUCCCGUCUCCAGGGGCUUCUCACCAGAGGUAUGCAGUGAUGGGUUUAGUUCUGAAUGGAUGAAGAGUUCCUGAGAGCUAGCGUUUGUAAUUAGAACCGUUACUUGGUAUCUGUGCCUUAUUUGACCUGUGGUUCCACAUGCCUUGGAUGUGCAUGCACCGUGACGGUUUCAUAGGUACGAACGCACACUCAGGCCCAGACACCUCGGUUGGUAGUACAGAUUGUGAGGAAAAAAUGGAGGCAUCCUUAAGAAGGAAAAGUGUUUGCCUUUAGUUCCUGCAUUAUCCUGCACAGGGGGUCCUGAGCUUUGGAAGCUGUUCCCAGUACAGGAGAACAACUCCCCUGUUUGCAGCAGGAGACUUCGGUGCACAGUGACAACGCUGGAGUUCAAGAGGAAGCCAGCAAUGCUGCACCAUUGGCUUCAGACACCAUUGUUGUUUGCCAGUUGUAAACUUAACUAGUUGCAGACGAAGACCACCUUGACAUGCAGGCUUGUUGGGCUUGUUUUGAAUUUUAACCUCGGAUGGAAGAGCCUAGUGCUGUCUGUCUCCAUGCGGGAUGAUGAUUACUUAGGCAACAGGUGAUUACCAACAAAGGAUGCCACGCUUAUACUCGGCAAGGUGGUGUUCCAGUGGCAAACAGCUGUAUAAGCUCUUGUAAACAGGAUAUCUGAUUGUGGCUUGUCUGACCACCACCUUUAUCUCCCAUCUUGAUCCCUUUAAGCUUCCCUGGUUAAAAGACCCUUUUACUUAAUAACUUGAAUUAUAACCUAGUUUUAAAUUGUUAGCAGAGGAAUUUAUUGAAUAACAAAAUUCCUUCAAACCUCAGACAAGAUUGUUCUUAGCAAGUAAGAAGAGAUUUUGACCUUGAAGUAAAGUGACAUAACCAUAAACAGGUGAUUCUAGGAUUGCAUGUGUAUGUACACAUGUAAGUUAUUUUCCAUGAAUGAACAUCACCUGUCAACUACCUUCUAACUAGGUUACCAAUAGGAUGGAGACAAUGGAAUCAUAGGAACUACUGAGAAUCAAAAACCUAUAGCCGACUUUGGGAUAUGGCUUUAUUAUUCAGCAACUAAAAGAUGAGUUCUAAUUGGCAGACUUCUGGCAUUGGCACUUGUCCUCCUGUUUCUAUAGAAACGGUUGGAAGUCAGAGCUGUACAAGGGAAAGGGAAGGGGUCAUCUGCUGGGCAUAAACAUUUGUUCUCAUCCAGGCAGACACCCAUUAUUCGUAGAAUCUGAGACAGCUGCCAAUUGGAAAGAGAAAAAUAUUGUUCAGAUAACUGAUGUAACCAUUAUUAACUAGCGUUUGACUGAGGAUUACUGUGGAAAGUUUUACUGUUUGCUAGAUUUCUAACUUAAAAUGCCUGUAAUCUUUUAUAGGAAUUUCAACUUUUGCGAUUUGGUAAUAACAAAUCUAACAGGUAAGUAAAAAGAAUGAGAAUCUCGUACAAUUUGAAGAUCUAAGCUUGGUUGAGAAUUUAAUAUUUUGUAACCAGAAAGCCUGUUGAUUUAUUUAAAGCUGAAGACAAUAAUGGAACUGCCCAGUCCUGUUGAGAACUGAGUGAAUCUUUAAGGCAGCAUUUCUGAUGUUUCUUUGGUAGUUGCUGUUGGUGUCAGAAUUUAGGAACAAACCUAAUGGCCUUUGUCAAGUCCUCUGUCAUCUCACAGAGGACUGUGUUAAAGAGACAAAGACUUACUGAAGUUUCUCCCUCCCACUGAGUGGGCAGUGCUGCAUUGUGGUCAGUGAGAGUCAGACCAAAAAUCUAUACAUAGGCUUUCAGCAGCAGCCUUAACACUUUCUUUGACUUUUUUCCCCCCAGAACUUAAAAAAUUUAUAGUUGCCUAAAUAACAUGCUCAGAAUUAGCAGGUAGAAAUUAUAUCAUGAGUUUCCUUUCUGCUGACAUAUAGAGCUGGGGCAUUGUGGACUUUGGGUAAUAAAAGACUCGUAAAUUUUUUUUUUUUUAUUCACUGAUAGUAAGAAAUGUACUUUACAUCACAUAUACUUGAAAUACAUAGGUAUGUGUGUGUAAAAUAAAAGUUUCACAAUAAAGGGAUGCACUGUUUUCUAA